ACUUACGUGUAACGAAGAAAAAGAAAAAAGAAGGUGGUACUGAAGUAGCACGAUUCGUUCCUGACAUUGAAGAAAAUGGGUGCGGACAAGACUAAACCGAGAUAGUUGAGUAAAGUUCUGUUAUCAUAGCGCAAUACGCGUUAGAUUUCGUCACUCUUCUCUCUUCUCAGUUAUUAUAUAAAUACGUCUUUCAUAAUUUAUUAAAUUCCUAUUUCUUCCUUAACAUGAAUAUAGGUUAAAAUAACGUUUCUUCGAGUAUAUAAAUAAAAUCGAAAUAAAUUCAGAUUUUUCUAUUUGUAAAUGGUUGUAAAGAAGAAAACACGUCUCUUUUUGGAUGUAGAAUUUACUAAAAGGGUGCUCGAUCGCGCGCAAUCGCAUGAAAUAAAGUGGGGAGAGAAAGAGUAAGACAGAGAGACAGACAGAGAGAGAGAGAGAGAGACAGAGAAAUAUAAAGAGAAAGAGAGAGAGAGAGAGAACAGAAACGCCGGGCGUAAAGCGCAGGCGUGCGACGAGGAAAGCACGUUUGUUGCCUUGGUUGCUGAGAAGCGCAUAGCGGGCUUUGAUACGCGCGACGUGAACCGGUCGGUUGCUGGUACUGUUCUUCGCUCUACGAAGUACGUGACUCUUCUUUUCUUUUCCAAGAAAUAAUAUUUUCAAAAGAAAUUGACGAUGAGCAUGGCAACAUCAAGGAAGACCAGAUCUUAUAUACCCACGGACAUUGAUUCAAUUGUAAGAAUGACGUGGGAUGAGAAUAAGGAUAGCGAUCAAAUGAAGAACAGUUUAACCUCGUACGAUGACACGUUGAUAAACGGCAAAAGCAACGGUUAUACCGUAAUGCGGAGCAACGGACACGCACGGUUUUCCAAGAAUCAAAGAAGAACUGAUAUAAAGGAAAAAUCAAGAUCGAAAGAAUCGUUUGAGAAAGUUCCAUUUAUAACCGCAGCACUCACGCACCUUGGUUUUUACAUUCUUAUGAUUUUAGGUUUCAUAAAUCAAUUAUUCUUUAUACCAAAAGUAGCUCAAGAACAAAAUCGACAGGGUUAUGCGCCGCUCUAUGAAAAUUUUGAAAAGUUUUACCUCCUAUAUGUCUAUAGAAGAGUACGAGAUUGUUGGAAUAGACCAAUAUGUUCUGUUCCUGGUGCCAUGGUUACAUUAAAAGAUCGUGUCACUCAUGAUUAUGGAUGGACUUUUCAGUUUACUGGAUCUGAAAGGUCUUGCAUAAAUUUAGGAUCUUACAAUUAUCUAGGCUUUGCAGAAUCAAGCGGAGCAUGUGCGGAACAAUCUAUCAUGGUUCUCCAAAAAUUAGGUUGUAGCAGCUGUAGUACUCGACUUGAAUUAGGAAAUGCACCUAUCCAUGAAGAGUUAGAAAAAUUAACAGCUUCAUUUUUGGGAGUUGAAGAUGCCAUAGUAUUUGGGAUGGGAUUUGCAACAAAUGCAUUAAAUUUGCCAUCCCUUGUUAGUAAAGGCUGUUUGGUACUUAGCGAUGAAAAAAAUCACGCGUCACUCAUUCUUGGAUUACGAUUAUCAGGAGCAACAAUACGUGUUUUUCACCAUAACAAUGUAAAACAUUUGGAGGAUCAUUUAAAAAAAGCAAUAGUUUAUGGUCAACCUAAAAAUGGUGAACCAUGGAAGAAAAUAAUUAUAAUAGUUGAGGGUAUUUAUUCAAUGGAAGGAUCAAUAGUCCACCUUCCUGAAAUUCUGGAACUGAAAAAAAAGUACAAAGCCUAUCUUUACGUGGACGAGGCUCAUAGUAUAGGGGCAAUAGGGAAGCAUGGACGAGGAGUUUGUGAUUAUUAUGAUAUAGAUCCUCGGGAAAUCGAUAUACUUAUGGGAACAUUUACGAAAAGUUUUGGAUCUGCUGGCGGAUAUAUAGCUGGAACAAAGACUUUAAUAAAUUAUUUACGGGUACAUGGUCAUGCUCAUACUUACGCAAUUGCCAUGUCACCUCCCGUCGCCCAACAAAUUAUCGCAUCUAUGAGAAUCAUCUCUGGCGAGGAUGGAACUGAUGCUGGAAAGAAACGUAUCAAACAAUUGGCAAGAAACGUCAGAUACUUUAGACGUAGACUAAAUCAAAUUGGAGUUAUCAUUUAUGGAAAUGAAGAUUCACCGGUAGCGCCGAUGCUAGUAUAUUUAUUUUCCAAAAUUUGGACGGUAGUACGUAGUUUUACAAAAUAUAAUAUAGCAACAGUUGGUGUUGGAUUUCCUGCAACACCUCUAAUGGCAGGUAGAAUACGUUUUUGCCUUUCUGCUUCGCACACGAAGGAACAAUUAGAUCAUGUAUUAUUACACGUUGAAAAACUAGCUGAUAAAUUAGGACUCAGGUACUCGCGCAAACCUCGUGAUCCAAAUCCUAUAGAAUAUUAUUCCGAUAGUGAAAUGGAAUGACCUACCUCGUAGCUUAGUAAAUCUUUAAUUAGUUUAGUUUUCUUUCUUUCUAAGAUGUUAGGAUAUCUCUAAAAGCUUUAAAGCAACAACAAUAUAUCUUUACAUAAGGCUUGUAUGAUAUACCAAAUGAAAAUAUAAGUAUUAGGUCACUUAGUUUACGAAACUUAAGAUAUCAAUUGACAAGCAUUCUUUUAGUCCAAAUUUACACAAUCAAUUUAAAUAAAUAAGAAUUUUUAAUCGAGAUAAGAGCUUAUAAAACUAUUUAUUCCACAAAAGAAUUUUAUAAUAUUAGCAUUCAAUCAUUUUUUUAAUACGAAAUUAGAUUUUUCAAGCACAAUCAUAAUUCCUUUCAGCAUUUAUCAGCAUUAGCGUAUAUAUAUUAUUAUUAUUAUUAUUAUUAUUAUUAUUAAUUCUUAGAAUUCUUGAUAUUAAUGUUAUUUACACAGAAAUACAAAUUUUACAUGCUACAUAUAUCAGUAAUGUAAGUCUUAGUGAAGCAGUAAAAAAUGUAAAAAUAUCCAAGGAAAUAUCUCGUAAAAUUUAAUACUUACGAUCGCAGUAUAUAUCUAUAUCAACACAAUAUUAUACGAUAAAAAUAAUAUAUAGAAUAUUAAUAUUAUUUUGUUAUCAAAUGUUAUAUAUGGAAUGAGAAUAUCUUUCUAUCGUGUCAAAAGGAAAGUGCAACUUGUCAUACGUUUAUACAUCAUCAAGUUAUUGUGAUAAAAUUAUCCUUAUCAUUUUACUUUUAAAAUCGUUGUAUUAUAUUCUCGUUAUUUCGAACGACAAACCAAAAAUAAUUAUUUAUUUUUAACCAGCUACUUAAGCAAAUUGUACACAUUUAAAAAAUAGUGAUUCAUCAAUUUUGCAAUUUAUAACGAAUACGGUACUUAUGCAAUUUUACAAUCUGCCUUACAUACUUAAUUAAUAUUUAUCUAGUUCUAAAAAUGCAUUCAAAUGUUUACUAUAAUAAGAUAAUUUUUUAUAAAUUGCAAAAAAACAAAUAUAGGUGUUUUACAUUUUAUUAAAUAGAUAUUCCGUAUAUAUUUAAUGAUUUUAAAAAUGCAUGACAUUUAAAUUUAAUGUAUAAACUAGAUUGGAAAGAGUUAUUUACAAAAUAAGAGAUUAUAUUUAAUGAUUUGUACUUCUACUGACUCAUUUGUUAUAUUAUCAUUAUUUCUUUGCACAUGUAUUGCAUAUAUAGAAGAUAUAUAAUUCUGCGUAAAUUUCAUAAGAAUUUUCUUUUUUUUUUUUUUUGAGUUGAUAUCAAACCUGUUGUAUUAGAUUUAAACUUUUUUUAUCUCAAAUAUAAGUAUUAUAUAUAAUACAUCAAUUUUGACAAGUAAAAUUGAUAAGGAAAUGGGAUUGGAGAUCUGUUUCUUGUUCAAAUAAAAAAAAAUAAAAAAAAAUAAAAAAA